UUAAUACUCUGUCAAAUUUUAGUCAUUACCUAUAAUUCAGCGCCAUACGAAGUAGGAAACGAUAGGUUAUAUAAUGGAAUUGAAAGUUUCCAUUGCAACAAUCGGACUUCUUCUGAUAUUUCUAGCAAGUUUACCCGAUAUAAAAGCUGAAAACGUAGAAGAUGUUGAUGAAAGAGACCCUGGCUAUAAGGAGCUUAUAAAACGGAUGGAAAAUAUCGAAGCUCGGGAUAAUGUCAAUACGGAACUUAACCAUCGUAUACUUGCUUUAGAAAACUUGGUUAAAGGUCAACAAAGUCAGAUUUCAAGUUUGCAAGAAACAAUUGAGAAACAGGCAGAUGUAAAUAAACAGUUGCAUGAUCGUGUACAAUAUCUAGAAUCACGUGACAAGGCAAACGGGGCGAUAGAAACUGAAAUGAAGUCUCAAAAGAAACGAAUUCAAGUUGUUGAAGAGUUCAUCAAGAACCUGGGUGAUAAACACACAACAGUACGAGAGAAUGGAGGCAAAGAAAGAACUGUGAACAAGAUCGUUCAAAGAAAUAUAAGGUCAAUUCAAAGGCGCGAAAACGAACAGACUGUCGCAUUCUUUGCAUAUUUAACCAAUCACAUCGAAAAUCCAGGGGUUCACCAGAUCAUUGCUUUUGAUCACGUGACUACUAAUAUUGGAAACGGUUACAACGCAUUUGCAGGCGAUUUCAGAGCUCCUGUCGCCGGAACGUACGUGUUCGCAACGACGUUGAUGGCUGGUUCAUACAGUACUGGUUAUCAUUUCCAGAUAAUGCAAAAUGCCCAGUAUGUGUCGAAUAUCUACAUUCCAAACGGAGGGACAGCAAGUCAAGAAGUAGUUCUUCAGCUGAAUCAAGGGGACAAUGUCUCUAUUCACAAUAUUGACGCUGGACAGCCGGUGUAUGGACAUGGUUACAGUACCUUCUCUGGAUUUCUGCUGCAACAAAACUAUUCAAGUCCUGGCAUUGUUGGCAAAUAAAAGAAAC